AUGGGAAAGGGUCGCCGUAUGAAGAAGCAGGGCCCUCCGGCCCCGCUGGAUGAGUCGAAAAUUACCCUGUACAAGAAGCGCAAGGCAGGAGAUGUCGAAUCCAAGUCGGAGUCGGGCAAGAAGCGGAGGAGAGCCGAAGAUGAAGAAGAGGUUCUGAAGGCUGUUCCUAAGAAGAAGGUUAAUGGAGCGGCCAAAGGAAAGGAAAUUAAGGCUGAGACUGCCGUUGUCAGCAAGAAGGAUGUGAAGAGCAAGAACAAACCCGCGAAGCAGGAGAAGCCUACAUUUAUGGACUCGGACGACGAAGAUAUGUCGGAUCUCGAUGACGAUGAGAUGGUUGAGGAUGAAUUUGAUGACUUAGAUGGCGUCAGUGACGGAUCUAUGGAUAGUCAGGAAGAGAUAGAUUCUGAUGAGGAGGAAGAGGACGAGGACUCGGUCAUGGAUUCGGAGGAAGAAGACCACCCACGGGAGGCCAUGUUCUCCGACGACGAGGAUCUGUCCGACGCAGAGGAGAAGCUCACAGCCGCCAACAUCGAGGGACUGUCCCGGAAAUUGGAUGAAGCCAGACAGGCGGAAGAGGAGGAGGCGGAGCGCGAGUUACAGGAGGCUGCUAUGCAGACCAACAUCGCAGGUGACCGCCCGGAUGUCUUUGCUGAUGCCGAGGGCAAGCCUGGUCUGGCCCCUGACCUCCAAUUGCUCCGCACGAGAAUCACAGACACUAUUCGAAUUUUGGGCGAUCUGAAGUCGCUCGGACAACCGGGCAAAUCCCGCGCCGAUUACCUGCAACUGCUCCUGGACGACAUCUGCACGUAUUACGGCUACACCCCAUUCCUCGCGGAGAAGCUGUUCAACCUUUUCACCCCUAUGGAGGCGUUCGCCUUCUUCGAAGCUAACGAAACUCCUCGUCCUGUCGUCAUCCGUACAAACACGCUGCGUACCAAUAGACGAUCUCUGGCACAAGCCCUCAUCAACCGAGGCGUGGUCCUUGAACCCGUCGGUAAGUGGUCCAAGGUCGGUCUGCAAGUCUUCGAGUCCGCGGUGCCUCUUGGUGCCACCCCCGAGUACCUGGCCGGCCACUACAUCCUGCAGGCCGCCUCAUCUUUCCUCCCCGUGAUGGCGCUGGCCCCACAACCCAACGAACGGGUUCUCGAUAUGGCCGCCGCCCCCGGUGGUAAGACGACGUACAUCUCGGCCCUGAUGCGCAACACCGGCUGCGUCAUCGCCAACGAUGCCAGCAAGCCCCGUGCCAAGGGUCUGAUCGGUAACAUCCACCGUCUCGGCUGCAAGAACACCAUCGUCACGAACCUGGACGCCCGGACCGCCUUCCCCAAGGCCCUCGGCGGCUUCGACCGCGUCCUCCUCGAUGCCCCUUGCACCGGCACAGGCGUCAUCGCCAAGGACCCCAGCGUCAAGACCUCCAAGAACGAACGCGACUUCCUCGCCAUCCCCCACAUGCAACGCAACCUCCUCCUCGCUGCCAUCGACUCCGUCGACCACGCCUCGAAAACAGGCGGCUACAUCGUCUACUCCACCUGCUCCGUCACCGUCGAAGAAAAUGAAGCAGUCGUGCAGUACGUCCUCCGCAAACGCCCCAACGUCAAGCUCGUCGACACCGGGCUCGGCGACUUCGGCUCUCCCGGUUUCACCAGCUACAUGGGCAAGAAGUUCGACCCCAAGAUGACCCUCACCCGCCGCUACUUCCCGCACCGCGAGAACGUCGACGGUUUCUUCGUCUGCAAACUUAAGAAGACCGGCCCCACCCCGACGCCCAACGCCUCCGCCGACGGUGCUCCCGCCACAGCAGCCGAUAAACCUGCCAAGAAGGCCGACGACGAAGUGGUCGACAAGACACCCAUCCUGAACGAGGACGGCACGACCCUCGACAUUGAGGGCGGCGCCUUCGGCCCCUUCGACGAAGACGAGGAUCAGGAGCGCAUUGCUCGCGCGGAGCGCAACCGCCUGCGCCGGAAGGGUCUCGACCCCAAGGCUGUACUGAACAAGCCCAAGAAAUCUUCAUCUGAGAAAGCGGAUGCCACAAAACAGGAGGAGAGCAAGAAAGAGUCUACCGCUGAGAAGGGGGACGAGAAGGCCGCAAAAAAGUCUGACAAGAAGGCGGACAAGAAGGCUGACAAGAGCAAGACGGACUCUGACUCCAAGGGCAGCAAGAAGAACAAGAAGAAGACAGCGAGCAGUAGUCCGGGCAAGAAAGCUGGCAAAUAG